UCUCAGCUGGUUCGGCGCUCUGCGCCCCACUGUCUAGGCCAGGCCCCCCCGGCCGGCUUCUGCGGUCGCCAUGACGGCGGCCGUGUUCUUCGGCUGCGCCUUCAUUGCCUUCGGGCCUGCGCUCGCCCUCUAUAUCUUCACCAUCUCCACCGAGCCGUUACGCAUCAUCUUUCUCAUCGUUGGGAAAGCCAGUGAGGGUUUGAAGACUAUAAACCCAUAUGAGGAAGCACCCUCUAUGAGAUUGCUGGCUUAUGUUUCUGGCCUGGGCUUUGGAAUCAUGAGUGGCAUAUUUUCCUUUGUAAAUACCCUGUCUGACUCCUUGGGACCAGGCACUGUGGGCAUUCAUGGAGACCCUCCCCAGUUCUUCCUAAAUUCAGCUUUCAUGACGCUGGUGAUCACACUGCUGCACGUGUUCUGGGGCAUCGUGUUUUUUGAUGGCUGUGCGAAGAAGAAGUGGUACACCCUUCUUGUAGUUGUUCUCUCCCAUCUGCUGGUGUCAGCCCUGACCUUCAUCAGUCCUCAUUAUGGAUUAAAUCUGGUGUUGGUAUAUAUCAUCAUGGUGCUCACGGGCGUCUGGGCCUUCUUUGUUUCUGGAGGCAGCUGCCGAAGCCUGAAACUCUGCCUGCUCUGCCAAGACAAGGACUUCCUCCUCUUCAACCAGCGUGCCAGAUAACCUCCAAGAACCAGCACUUCUCAAACAGUAAGCUGCCUCAUUAGAGGAAGCACAACUGUGCCUUUUUCUAAACAUCCCUUUUCCUGGUGAAAUUUAGAAGAAACCAAACUAUCUAGACACAAUUUGGCUUUCAUGCACCAGCCUUCUGAAAGGGAUACAUCUGCUGUGUGCAGCCUGUGCAUGUUAGAACUUCCUGGGGAAACAAAGAAUGCUCAUCUCUGGACUCCAUCUCCAGAUUUAAUUGGUCUGGGCACUUGGUAAUUCUUUAAAGCUUCCUAGAUGACACCGAUGUGCAGCCUGGUUGAGAACCAUCGCUGCCCAAAUAGGAACUUCUGAGCACACUGUAGGUGAAUAAAAAUCAGAUGUUUUGCUGUCUCUUAACUCAGCCUGCACUGAGUAAGUAUCUGAAUAUAAAUCCUGGUUAGCCUGUGUCUUUCAAGUUCUGAAGUCACAGAAGGCUAAAGGGCUAUCAUCUCUGUGAACUGUUUUCAUGUACUUCACUGGUACUCUAUUUUAUGAGAACAUGGGAGGCCGUGCUUCAAACUACAAUAAUACAUUGCACUGACACUAUGAUCAUUUAGCCAAAGUAAGCUAUUGACGAAUAGACUGUAUUUUUCUCUACUCUCUUUCCAAUCUUGAUUUUGCUUUUUUGAAGCAUUACAUUGUUUUUGAGCAUAGGUUCCAUUUCUUUAACUAAAACCCAAUUGUUUUCCAACUUGCUGGGAAGAUGAUAUAAAACCAAGAAUGUUUAUGCAACUUUCGUAAGUCCUGGGCUUAAGGCUCUUCAUGGGCUCUGCCCCGGGGUAGUGUUUACCAGCUGAGUGCUCACUGCUGGACUAGUUGACCUGAAGCCGGUUGUCCUAUCUCUGAGCAGCUCUGCAGGUUGCUGAGUGAUGUACCCUGGGACAGGCUUCACUGGAGCUGGCAGCAGUUUACUAAAAGCAGGAGAACAGGCCAGUAGAGCGGUGUUGACGCUUGUCAUUUGCUCCUGUGAUAUUAACUAGCACAUUCCCCCCAAGUAGUGUAGUGGAACAUUAGGAAUAUGUCUUAAAUUUUCCAAAUUCAUGCUUUUCACAUAGUCCAUGUAAUCUUUAGAUCUUGUAAAUGUCUCUGGGUUUUGUUGGCAGAUAGAACAUUCCCUUUUAUAGGAGUAUCUAAGAUGUUUGUUCAGCUUCCAAACGACUCUUUUUUGGUUUCCUCUGUAAAGAGGAAUUGUGCCUUUACUAAGCUAGAAAUUGUUCCCUGUUGAUGACUUUUAGGGAGCUGUUGGUAUGAAAUGGAAAUUCCGCACGCAUUAAAGUGAGAACCUCGGUGAAUCCCAUAUGUGCAGUAGAACAGCCAAAAGAAAUAGAAGCAGCAAAUGAGAGGGUUCACCAGUGAGGUGACAGAUGGGAGAAUUUGACAAGAAUUUAAGAGAUAUGUUUAAAAUGGAAAUGGAGCCACUAUUUUGGGUUAGUCACACAUCAUUCUAAGAACCAGAACCUUACACAUGAACUAGACCUUUAUCAGUGAAAUCCCCUCUCAUGUUUAAAUUAUUUGAAUUUUUCAAUCUGGGGAUUCAGGAGCAGUAGGGUUUCUGGCAAGACUAUAAACGGUUCCAUAAGCAAUUGUAGUUAUUCCCCUAACGUUUAUUUCAGCACUGACACCAAUGUUUUUGCUGGGGUUUGCAAUUUUCCACUUUUAUACAUUCUUUAGACUAGGUGAGUUAUAGAAGAGUCAAGGACAUAGGGACUGAAUAGUGAAAUGUGCUGUGCAGAGUUGAAGGGAAUUAUAUACCCAUUGAGCUGGGCUUCAUUCCUAUCGGAGGAUGGUGUUCUUUGAUGAACAGGAUAAGAAAAAUAUACACUUGGUUAUAACGGUUGACUUACAAAUCUCUUGAAUGGAUAAUCUGGUCAAAUAUUUGCUGAUCUUUAAAGUGUAGAAAUCUCUGAGAAUAUUGAUAUUGCUCAUACUUGAGCUCUGAGGAUGCCUUCUGUGCAUUAGUAGUUCAAUAUUAAGACUCUGGGAUAUUGUGAAAUCUCAUUUAUAAAAGCAUCUCAGGCAGGAAGAAAAUUUUCUUUGAUGGUGAGACUGUCAUUUUAAUUCAGGAAAUUAUUUAGUAAUCCGUGAUUACCUAAGAAUAAAGGAACUUUGUAACUCCUUAUUUCUCUUGUGAGUGUUGCCAUAGUCAGCUUAGGCACUGUUAUUGCAAAUAGCCUUGCUAUGCCUGAUGCCAAGGAAGCCCAGAGGGAGAGUAGUCUUCUGUUGUGUGUCUAUAUUGAGGUGUGCUUUCUUUUUAUCCUUUCUCUUUUUUUGCAUUUGUUACCUCUAAGGAACUUUCUGAGCCCUAAUAGUGUUUGGGGAGGAGGUGAUGGUGGAAAUCUUGUAUGUUCUCCCCCACACGGGGCUUUCUCAGUUUGGAGGGAAGUGAGGCUGUAGUUAAAGUUGACCGUGGAAUGUGAAUGUUGUUGCAGCGCUUGACUCUGUUGCCGUGUGAAUCAUUGAGAUCGAUUAUGGUUCUCUAAUAAAUUUUUUUUUUAACUCAUUUGAGUUAGUGGUUGUAGCUGGAGACAUUUUGUUACCCUUGAUCGUGGCCUGUGUGACUGGCAAGAGAGUAGUAGCAACCUCUUUGCGAGCUUAGUGAAAACAUGGCUGAAAGGAAUGAAUGGUAUCUGCAGAUUGUAUAGAAGAUGGCUUUUGUUCCCAGCAUUAAUGUUUUUCUUCUCAAGCACAUUUCAUUUUUUGCUGGGAGUGGCAGUUACGGGUCAAAAAUGCUAGGUGUUCUUAUUGCAUAGAGUUGGUGUAGGACAAGCAGUCAUGACAGAAGUGUCUUCUUACCUGAUCCUCUUCCCGCUGGCCUCACACUAGCCCUAAGACAUGGAUUAAUGGUCAGAGUGGGCCUGAGGGCUCCAGAGAAGCCGGGAUGGCAGCCUGUCUCAGGUGUCAGCAGCUGGCUCCCUGGGAAGACCUUCUUGAGAGUGUCAGCUUUUUGUUGACUUAGUUUUCCUAAGGCCCAACCAUUCCUAACUCCAGGUAGACAGAUGUCACAACAACACAGUUUCAGAGUUCUUCUCUUAGAGCACUUUGUAUAUGAUUGCAGUGUUUACAUUUCUCAUUUAAUAAAAGACUUUGCUUCAUCCCAUUAAAUUUUAGUGUUUAGAGGGCUGGGCACUGUCUCUGUGUACAAUAUGUAUCAUUUUAUAUAAGUUAUACUGUUAUGUCAUGGAUACUUGCAGUAUCAGACCCUUACGUUCAGCGCACAAUGCAAUAGACUCUUUCCAGACCUGUAUUUUUCAGUAAACAAUAAAAAUAUUGUCAUGACUUGUU